AUGUAUGUAGUUACCAGUUCAUCUCCACCAAUUUUACAUUCACGAAGUCGACGAAGCCUACUAUCUGACAGUUCACCAUUGUCUGCUAUCAGUGCUACAAUAUCUAAGAGGUUUGUAGUCUUGUUAACAAUGACAAAAAAUGGUCAAUACAUGAAAAGUUUAGUAUAUUUUUCAUGUGUUAUUUGUUUCUAAAUUAAAUACAGAAAUCCUUUAGAAGAGGACACACUAUCUGGUAACGAGGAUGACUCAGAUAGUGAAUAUGAUGAUAACACAACUCUGACUGCAUCGACCAUCAUGCCCAUGGAUGAAAGUGUUGAGUAUGUUGCAAUUUUAUAUACAUGUACUGUAAAUAUGUGGAUAAUCUGUUCUUAGGCUAAUUACAAACUAUAUGGCAAAGAUGCCAAGUCUGAGUCUGUUUAUAUCAUGUCAAAAUGGUCUCAAAUCAUUAUGGUGUUAUCUAACCAGUAACCCUUACAAAAAUUUCUGCACAGCUUCAGCGCUCCAAACUCAAAACACGGUUGCUGGGAAAAUGUCCCCGAAUUCUAAUGAAAGGGUUCAUGCCUGCCGUGAACCCUUGGAAAGUCCUCAUUUCCUGGGCACUUGAAAAGUCCUAGAAAAAUCCAAAAUCAGAUAAAGUGCUUGAGAAUUACACAAAAAUAUAAAUGAAGUUAAGUUCUGUAACAUCUAAAUAUGUCAAGACGUUUUGAAUAAAUAAAGUCAUGCUUUUAUACGGCUGCGAUUUUCAAGGAUUUCAUUUCAUUAUUAAUGAUUACCAGUGACAAAAGUGUUGGGAAAGUUUGAAUUCAGUCAUUGAAAAGUCAUUAAUUUUGUACAGUAUAGCAGACCCUGUAAUGGUCCACCCCUAUUAUGGCCUUCAAUUAUAGAUUACCGCCGCCCUUGAAAGCAUCAUUCAUUGAGGAAGAGGUGUUCAACACAGAAAUUGGUGGCCACAAUGAUGAGGAGUUGGCACAAGAUGAAGGAAAUGAGUCAUUCGUCAAGCGAAUAAGUGUGGAGGAUGCUAUUCAUCAGGAAAAGUGUGUUGUUUUUACAGAUGCAAUCAUGUCAUUGCUAAGAGAAUUACAUGGGAGCAUUUGUAAGCAACAGGGAUGUGGUCGUGUGCUGGAAUAUAGAAAAAGUUAUGUUGCUGCAUGUCUGAUUGUAUCCUGGAUAUUACUGGAUAUUAUUCAAUAA